AUGCUAUCACGGCGUGCGAAAAACAACAAUGCGUGGUUCAUGCACCAGUUCAAGAGGCAGCUGCAGCGGCAAGGCUCAAGUAGCACGUCAAAAGUCGACCUAGCCACGGCAGAAAACUGGCUCAUACGUCCUGAGAUACUAAAACUUCUAAAAAGAAAUUGCGGAUAUGACCUAGCUGAGAGACAUCUGUCAUACGCGAGUGGAAUGGGAGGAACAAAAGGAUUACUCGGAGCCAUAUCGGGAUUUGUCAAUUGCUUCUUCUCGCCAAAGGUCCCAGUAUUGCCGGAACAUAUCGUUACCGGAGCAGGGUGUAGCUCAGUGCUUGAUACUCUGCUCAACGACAUAUGUGAUGAUGGUGAUGGUAUCCUGGUGACUGCUCCAAUGUGGGGUAGCUUCCAUGUAUCUGCUGUCCUAAGGAACGGUGUCAAGUUAAUUCCAGUUUAUAUUCCCUUCAAAGCCAACAACUCUGCUGACGCAGUUGUUGAUGCUUAUCGAACAGCAGUCGCCGAGUCUGGUCGCCCUGUCAAAGGAAUUCUCUUUUGCAAUCCUCACAACCCAUCCGGGCACAUCUGUCCUACCCAUGUUCUGGAUGCCCUUCUCCGGUACUGUGAGGAAGCAAACCUACACUUUGUUUCAGACGAGAUUUAUGCAUUGUCGACAUUUGGCGUUGUGGAAAGCACAGCGUCCAGCUUGGCAUAUCACUUUGAGUCACCCGCCAAUCAAUUCGUCUCUGUUCUAUCUAGAGAUUUGAAUGCACUUGGAGUAUCGAGCUCUCGAGUCCAUCUACUCUACAGUAUCAGCAAAGACAUUGGAAGUAGUGGUCUCAGAUUGGGAUUCCUCGUCACGCAGUCCAAUAAACAACUACGAAUGUCGCAAGCCAUUCUGAAUAACGCCAAACUCUGUAAUGUUGCGACAGUGAUGAUGACCCCAAUCUUGCAAGACCUACGAGUACUUACAAGACUCGUAGAGCUUAAUCUCCAUCGACUACGCAAAGCUGCGGAGAUUGCAAUACGAUUCGCAGAAUUUCAUGGACUCACAUACUAUAAGCCAGUAGCUGGACUAUACAUCUGGAUUAGAUUGUCACAGUCAUGCAAUGCCGAAGCCGAAGAAGCGGCCAUCGUCAAGGCGUGUGCAGCGAAGGGGGCAUUGGUGGGCAGCGGCGCAGAUUAUACGGAGCCACAGCCAGGCUGGUUCCGAAUUACAUUUGCCUUGCCCCAGGAUAUAUUUAUGGACGGUCUUGGCCGGAUUGAAGAGGCUAUGGGCUAUAAAAAUAGAUUCAAGUUCCCCGAGACUCGGACUAUUUGGGGCGCCGCAGUUGCGAGUUGUUGGAGAAUGCUUAGUACUUAG